AUGGUGUUAGAUUUGAAUGUGCCGGCUGGAAUAGAUGAAUUGGAAUAUUACAAUAAUAUUGUCAAUGAUGAUGCAAUAGACUGGGGUAUGAAUAAUGUUCGUGCUGAGGAUUUUUCAGCAUAUGGGUUUGAAACGGAAGAAAAUGUGAAUGUAGAAGAUGUAGAUGUGAAUGAAGACGUUGUGAAUGAAGAAGAAGAGAAUGUUGAAGCUGUGGAAUCUGAGUUUCUCGUCGAUGGUGAAGAUGUGGCGAAUGAAGAUGUUAAUUUGUCAUCUAGAGAGUUAGAGGACAAAUUAUCACCUGGGUGUUUAGUUGAUGGGGUCGAUGAGGCUUUUUUGUUAUAUUGUGCAUAUGCCAAAAUGACUGGAUUCAGUGUAAGGAGAGGGAACGAAGAAAAAUUUAGGCGGACAAAAAUAUUGCGUAUGAAGACAUUUGUAUGUAGUUGUCGCGGUUCGACACCUAGUAGUCACAUUGAUGGUCGUUUACCUGUAUAUAAAAAGCAAACAACUCGGUCCAACUGUCAAGCCCUUUUGAGGGUUGCUCGUGUUGAGGGAGGGCCGUGGAAGAAGUCUAUGUUGGAGGCUUUAACUUCAGCCGGCAUACCAAUAAACCGGGCUUGUCGUUUCAUGGAAAAUGAAUCUGGUGGCCUUGAAAACGCCAAAUUUAUUCGUAAAGAUGCUUACCAUCAUAUGGACAAUGUUAGAAAAAAGUCUAAGAUGACGGAUGGAGAUGCAACGGCUCUGAUGCAGUACUUUGUUGACAAGUCGAACAAAGAGCCUUUUUUCUACUGGAAUAUGCAAAAGGAUGAUGAUGGUCGACUUAUGAAUUUAUUCUACCGUGAUUCUCGUAGUGGCCUUGAUUACGAGUAUUUUGGUGAUGUGCUAUCCGUUGACACAACCUACAAGACGAACAAAUAUGAUCUUAUUUGUGCUCCCUUUAAUUGCAUGUUUGGGUUGGCUUUCCUUUCUGACGAGACAACGGAGACAUUUGAAUGGUUGUUUUCAACCUUUCUCGAGUCGAUGAAUGGAAAGCAACCGGAAGUUAUAUUCUCCUAUCAAUGUCAAGCUUUGAUGAAUGCUAUUGAUUCUCAAUUCAAAGGCGCGGCUCAUCGCCUAUGUCAAUUGCAUAUCAAUCAAAAUGCCCCUUCUCACUUUGGGUCCUUGAAUGGUAACAGUGAGUUCAAGAGAGCUUGGAAUCAUUGCAUGAAUUGGUGCGAGAGCGAGGAAGAAUUUGAAAGCUUGUGGACAAAAAUGACUGGAGAUUAUGGAUUGACUGAGCAUCGGUGGUUUGCAAGUAUGUACAAAUUGCGUCAGAGAUGGGCUUCUGUUUUCACUAACUCUCGUUUUUCUGCCGGAUUACAUGCUACUUCGCGAAGUGAAGUAACGAACAGGGUUUUGAAGGAUUUGAGUAGAAGAAGUGGCUCGUUAUUUGAAUUUGUCCUCAAUUACGAACAAAUUCAAAAGGAUUGGCGGGUCAAAGAAAGAGCGGACGAUGUUUUUUGUAUUGGGAUGCCCGGACAAUUUGUUGAGCACAAUCCACUGGUGGUGGCAGCAGCAAAAUUCUUUACACGAGCCGUUUUUGUUUCGUAUGAGUUCGAGGCCAAUCACUCAUUGAAUGUGAGCAUCGUUGAAAAUCCUACGGAGGCCGACCAACAACAGUUAUGUUUUAUUGUGAAAACGAGUACAUCUGUAAAUCGGACAUGA